UCCAGCGCUGUCCAUAAAGCUCCUCGCUUUCCCCUCAUUUCAUUACCGUAUCCUAUUGUGUGUGAUCACUCACACAUUCGCGCGCUGCGAUUGAGCUGAUCGGACGGCGGGGAACGGGUCAUCGCCAUGGCAGAGGACAAGUACAAUCUGAAGAACCCAGGUGUGAAGAGAAUUUUACAGGAAGUGAAGGAGAUGCAAUCGAAUCCUUCCGAUGAUUUCAUGAGCCUCCCUCUUGAGGAGAAUAUAUUUGAAUGGCAAUUUGCAAUCAGGGGACCCAGUGAUACUGAAUUUGAGGGAGGCAUCUAUCAUGGACGGAUCCAGUUGCCUGCAGAAUAUCCGUUUCAGCCUCCUUCAUUUAUGUUGUUGACUCCAAAUGGUCGUUUUGAAACCCAAACCAAGAUAUGUUUAAGCAUAUCAAAUCAUCAUCCUGAGCACUGGCAGCCAUCAUGGAGUGUUCGGACUGCUUUGGUAGCAUUAAUUGCAUUCAUGCCCACCAGCCCAAAUGGUGCAUUGGGUUCAUUAGAUUAUAAGAAGGAAGAGAGGCAUGCUCUGGCCAUCAAAUCUCGUGAAGCAGCUCCAAAAUUUGGGACUCCUGAACGUCAGAAGCUCAUUGAUGAGAUUCAUGAAUAUAUGUUAAGCAAGUCACCCCCAGUUCCUCAGCUCAACUCUUCGCAGGCUCCUGAAGAACCCUCCACCAACAGGGAGGGCGAAGGACAGACGAAUCCUCCAAAUGGCAGUGCCAUAGCUGCUGCAGAUGAGCUUUCAGAUCCAAGAGUGGCUGACAGGAUAGUUGAGGAGGAACCACCGCAGGUUCCCUUGAAUGCUAAUCCCAGCCCUGUAUCAAGACAGGCUUCAGCAGCGCGACUGCUGCAGAAGCCCAUGCCAAGGGUUCAAAGGCAGGCUGAUGAUCGCUUGCUUACAUGGGCUGCCGUUGGACUUACCAUUGCAAUUAUGGUUCUUCUGCUGAAGAAGUUUUUGAAAUCCAGUGGGCAUGGUGCCGUUUUCAUGGAUGAGUCCUAGUCUCCUAAAUGCCAUGUGGAUUGUGAAUGUUGGCUUGAUGUUUCAUGAAGCAUACAGACUCAUAGUUUCUAUGAAGUUUUUCAUCCAACUGGGAACAACUUGUAGUAUAUUACCCAAGAUUUUUCCUAAUGAUGGUAAUAAUAAUAAUAUAAGCCGUAACCUUGUAUGUUUCUUGCAUUAUUGAAUAAAGACCUUCUAUGGAUGUUACAGGAAAA